AUGCCCACCUGUCCACCCUGGUGGCUGCUGCUUCUGCUCUCGCUGUGGGAGCCGCUGCUCCGGAGUGCGGAGGCAGGCUCUGAGGGGCAGACAGCGGGAGAGCUAUAUCAGCGCUGGGAGCGGUACCGCAGGGAGUGCCAGGAGACACUGGAGGCCUCGGAGCCCCCAGCAGGCCUCGCCUGUAACGGGUCCUUCGAUAUGUACGUCUGCUGGGACUACACUGCACCCAACGCCACUGCCCGUGCGUCCUGCCCUUGGUAUCUGCCCUGGCACGGCCAAGUGGCUAAAGGCUUUGUCCUCCGCCAAUGUGGCAGUGAUGGCCAAUGGGGACCUUGGAGAGACCAUUCUCAGUGUGAAAACCCAGAGAAAAAUGGGGUUUUUCAGGACCAAAGGCUGACCUUGGAACGGCUGCAGGUUGUAUACACUGUGGGCUAUUCCCUGUCUCUUGCCACACUGCUGUUCGCCUUGCUCAUCUUGAGUACCUUCAGGCGGCUGCACUGCACUCGCAACUACAUCCACAUCAACCUGUUCACGUCUUUCAUGCUGCGGGCAGCUGCCAUCCUCACCCGAGACCGUCUGCUUCCCCCCCCUGGCCCCUACCCUGGGGAUCAGGUCCUUACCCUGUGGAACCAGGCCCUAGCUGCCUGUCGCACGGCCCAGAUCGUGACCCAGUACUGCGUGGGUGCCAACUACACGUGGCUGCUGGUGGAAGGCAUCUACCUGCACAGUCUCCUCGUGCUCGUGGGAGACUCCGAGGAGGGCCACUUCCGCUGCUACAUGCUUCUCGGCUGGGGGGCCCCCACGCUUUUCGUCAUUCCUUGGGUGAUCGUCAGGUACCUGUUCGAGAACACGCAGUGCUGGGAGCGGAACGAUAUCAAAGCCAUUUGGUGGAUCAUACGAACCCCUAUUCUCCUAACAAUCUUGAUUAAUUUUCUCAUCUUUGUCCGCAUCCUUGGCAUCCUCGUGUCAAAGCUGAGGACGCGACAGAUGCGCUGCCCGGACUACCGACUGAGGCUGGCUCGCUCCACGCUGACGCUGGUGCCCCUGCUGGGCGUCCACGAGGUGGUGUUUGCUCCCGUGACUGAAGAACAGGCCCGGGGUGCCCUGCGCUUGGCCAAGCUUGGCUUUGAAAUCUUCCUCAGUUCUUUCCAGGGCUUCCUGGUCAGCGUCCUCUACUGCUUCAUCAACAAGGAGGUAGGGAGAGCCGCGGCCCGCCGCCCGCGCCCUCUGCCGGCCGCGCAGGGAAUGGCGCGCGCGCCGCCGCCUCUGAGCGCCGUCCGGUUUCAGGUGCAGUCGGAGAUCCGCCGGGGUUGGCACCGCUGCCGCCUGCGCCACAGCCUCGGCGAGGAGCCACGCCAGCGCCCCGAGCCCACCCUCCGGACCCUGCCUUCCGGCUCCGGCUCGGGCCAGGUCGCUGCCGGCAGCGCUCUGUGCUCGAGGACCCUCCCAGGUCCUGGGGGUGAGGCCAACGACGUCUUAGAAAGUUACUGCUAG